CCCCACCAUGGCGGCGCCCGUGCAGCCCACCGCGUCGUGGGCGCCCGCCGGGGUCCCCCGCGGCAGUGGCGGCCGCCCGCGCCCCGGCCUCCGCCUCCCCGCCCGCGCCGGCCCGGGCGCCGCCUCCCCGCUGCCUCCGUCUCCGCUGCGGACGGCUGUAAUAAAGAAGAUAAUAACUAGUGUUGGCACAGAUGUGGAGAAAUCAGAACUCUCAUCUCAUAUGUUGCUGAUGGAAAUGUAAAAUGGUACAGCUGGCAUUUCCUCCAACAGUUAAACAUAGUCACCAUAUGACCCAGGUCAUGUAGGAAAUCGUAAAUCAUGUGAAGAUGGGACUCUUGGUAUUUGUACGCAAUCUGCUGCUAGCCCUCUGCCUUUUUCUGGUACUGGGAUUUUUGUAUUAUUCUGCGUGGAAGCUGCAUUUACUCCAGUGGGAGGACUCCAAUUCAGUGGUUCUUUCCUUUGACUCCGCUGGACAAACACUAGGCUCAGAGUAUGAUCGGUUGGGUUUCCUCCUGAAGCUGGACUCUAAACUGCCUGCUGAGUUAGCCACCAAGUACGCAAACUUUUCAGAGGGAGCUUGCAAGCCUGGCUAUGCUUCGGCCUUGAUGACUGCCAUCUUUCCCCGGUUCUCCAAGCCAGCACCCAUGUUCCUGGAUGACUCUUUCCGCAAGUGGGCUAGGAUUCGGGAGUUUGUGCCACCUUUUGGGAUCAAAGGUCAAGACAAUCUGAUCAAAGCCAUCUUGUCAGUCACCAAAGAGUACCGCCUGACCCCUGCCUUGGACAGCCUCAGCUGCCGCCGCUGCAUCAUCGUGGGCAACGGAGGUGUCCUAGCCAACAAGUCUCUGGGGUCACGAAUUGAUGACUAUGACAUUGUGGUCAGACUGAACUCCGCACCAGUGAAAGGCUUUGAGAAGGACGUGGGCAGCAAAACUACACUGCGCAUCACCUACCCUGAGGGCGCCAUGCAGCGGCCCGAGCAAUAUGAACGCGAUUCUCUAUUUGUCCUCGCUGGCUUCAAGUGGCAGGACUUCAAGUGGUUGAAGUACAUCGUCUACAAGGAGAGAGUGAGUGCAUCAGAUGGCUUCUGGAAAUCCGUGGCCACGCGAGUGCCCAAGGAGCCCCCUGAGAUUCGCAUCCUCAACCCGUACUUCAUCCAGGAGGCCGCCUUCACCCUGAUCGGACUGCCCUUCAACAACGGCCUCAUGGGCCGCGGGAACAUCCCGACCCUUGGCAGUGUGGCAGUGACCAUGGCACUACACGGCUGUGAUGAGGUGGCAGUCGCAGGCUUUGGCUACGACAUGAGCACGCCCAACGCGCCCCUGCACUACUAUGAGACCGUGCGCAUGGCAGCCAUCAAAGAGUCCUGGACACACAAUAUCCAGCGAGAGAAAGAGUUUCUGCGCAAGCUGGUGAAGGCGCGCGUCAUCACCGACCUAACCAGCGGCAUCUGAGGUUGGCCUAGCACAUGGCCACGGAGGUCCUGGCACCGCCAAGAGGAACCCGCAGCCACCGCCACCUGUCCACUUCAUUGGCCUCGGUCUGGCUCUGCCUGAAAGGCGCAGGAGUCUUCAGACCCAGAGAAGGACAGUGCCAAGGGGCCCCAGGGCUGGCGAGGCCUUGGCAGGGCAGCCAGAGCUGUGUCCGCCCAGAGGCCAGCCUCAGAGACCAGCACUUAGGCUCAUUCUCAGCCUGGGUCCUUGAAACCAGAGGGCCAGGAGGCCACCGGCCGUGCCCAGCAGGCCCAGCAUGCAGGAAGUGGACAUCAGGCCGCAGGGCUGCUGCUGGAAUAAUUUCUCCAAUCAGUGUUUGGUGUAUUAUCAUUUUGUGAAUUUGGGUAGGGGGGAGGGUAGGGAUAAUUUAUUUUUAAACAAGGUUGGAGAUGUCAAGUUUGGUCCUUUGGUCCACUUGCCGUGCAGAAAGAGGCCCCGUAGGCGGCCCACCGGGUAGUAGUACCAGCAGGCUCCCUGUAGAGUGGGGGUGCCGUGACUCGCCUGUGCCCUGCUUGGGGCUACAGGGAGGUGGGCAGGGCCUCCCGCCAGCACCCUCCAGCUCAUGAUACUGGCCUUUCUUGAGGAGAAGAUGGGGUAUUCCCAUUCACCAGCCCCUAACUACCGCACAGGGAAACCCUGGAGCCAUCACUUAAGCCAACAAGACAGACCCUGGGUUAAGCAGAGAGGACUUCAAAGCUCGGGAGGUGAGGCCCAGCCUAAGCGGUGGGAACGCCCCCCCCUCCCCAGCAGCCGCUGAUCCAUAGGACAGUGCCCCAGCCUGAACUGACCAACUUGGCAGCUGUUCGGGAUUUCAGCAAUGAGACUGUCAGGUCCUUGGGCUCUGCCUUUAGCCUGGACCAGAAGGAAGCGAGGCUCAAGGACCUCACACAGGCUGUGGCAGCCAUCCUGGAAGCAAUAAAGCUCUUCCUGAAUCUG